AUGCGCAGCGGCAAGAACGUAACCAUGCGGCAAGUCGAGGACCAGUCUGACAAUUCUUUUGUAUCCAUCGGCGAUGCGAGACAGCUUGUCCUUGUCCAAGGGAGUCCUUCGGUAGUCGAUGUCGAGAGCCAAGUCGCCUCGUUCUGCGAGGGCGAUUCGAAUGAGAAAUCCAGAAGUCCAAAGAAGGGCCCGGUGAUGUUCGUGAUGCAGGAGGAUGUCUGGUCCGAGUUUCCCAACCCGACAUGCGACUGCAAUGACUAUUGUGGACACAAGAAGCGCAGAAAAAUUCUUGUUCGACCUGGCGAGGAAUCCAGAAACCACCGCUCGAACCGGCUGGUCACCGUCUAUCAGGCACCGCGAAACGAGAGCAAAAGCAAGGCUACUGAAAGCGAGAAAGCCGAGAAGAGGGACCGCCUCCCGAGCACACUCGGUCCCUUCGUCGUCGAUCUGAACUCUCGCAUGUCAGAGGAUGACGUGCGUAACGAAGAACACCUGACUACUCCGAAUCGAGGUGGGACGGUCGAGGCUCACUCUUUCGACCCAAAUAGAAUCUUGGAGGAGCUCUUCCGCACUCUCGAAGAACGUAAAGCUUCUGGUCGCGCGGCAACCCGGAUCCGGCCUCUUAUCGAGGAGGCUAUGCAAAAACGUCGAGAUCGCCAACGUGAUCAGAUCCCCGACGAGUCAGCCAUCCGAGGGAAUUUUAUUCCUCUUUCGACCGUGCCCUUACAGCGAUCGCCGUCACCAGGACACGGCAAGUCGCCACAAAACGUUCUUGUGGGGCUCAGCCUGACCGAUUCGCAGCUGGACAAAUUGUCAGCUAUGCUGUCUCGUGAGGACGAGGAACCGCUCCCUCGCGGUAGGCACUCAGGCGACCGCAAGGAGAUGAGUAACAUUAGGGACCCAUCGCCGAGCAAGAGAUCUCGAUCUCCAACCAAAACACAUCCAUCCAAUAGCUCGCCCUCCAGGCCCCGUUCUCGCUCGCCUGUCAAGUCCCCCAGGUAUCCCAAGUCUUCCGAGGGCCGCAGCGGCACUCAAGGUUUCGAAUUUGACAUCAAGCCUCAGUCUCCGAGCAAGGCGAAGGGAAGUCUCUCUGCUCACAAUGAUCAGGCCCACGGAGCCGUACAUAUGGCCAGAGGAUCUCCGGACCCGAUUGACAUCACAGCCACUCGGACUCGGGCGCGACCGGCUGUCCUGGGAAAAGCAACACCCGCUCUGGUUGAUGCUCACAUUGCGCCCAAGAGGGAGCCUUCCCCUCCUAGCAAUUCCGAGAAAUGCCCCUCAGCCUACGCACCCUCGUCCGUCUACUCUCAGGACUCGGUUGAAGCGCAGUACCCCUCUUGUGUUAGCCCCCUUCGUAUCCAGAAGGAACAUGAGCCAAAGCAUCUGAGUAUUCUUCAGGAUUAUAUGGAUUGGAGAGACUCGCCAUUGGGUUCCGCUCUGAAUGCAGAGAUCACGACAGAGACCUCUAGCGGAGCCGAGGCAAUCGAGACGACGUACAGCCCUUCUGGCCUUGCCGCAUCCCAAGGCUUGCCUUCUGUUCGAAAAGCAUCUAAAACCUUGAUUGGUGAAAACGGCUGGCUCGAGAGAACCAACAAGCGCCCUGAUCCGAACACUUCCCCUUCCCGAAAGGGCGGUUUCCUCGCAAAUCUCGUUAAAAAAGCCAAGGGAAUGGUCGAAGCCAACAACACCUCCCCGCAUCGCAAAUCCCGUGAGUCGGAGAAAGGCAGCAAUCCGCGCCCUGUUUCUCGUCAGCUGGCCAUCUCUCUCAACCCCCGCGAGCAGUCACUCCUCUACUGCGAGUUGGAGUUCCUCCUGACGACGGUGCUCAACGAGUACAUUACGGAAGAGUUCAAUGAGGGCCGGCUGGAGGCGGACCGGCUCAAGCGCGUCGCCGAGGAAUGGCAGCGCAAGGGCCAUCCCAAGGUAGUGGGCUUCCGGUACGACCUUGAGACGCAGCUCGACCUGGUGCGCAUGCACUUGCACCAUUUCCGCUUCUACUCGCGAGCCGCCACCACGGCCGCCAUCACGGCGACGAUUGACACGAUGCGCAGCAACGCCCGCGUCAUGCGCGUCAGGACCUUCUGCGUACCCGACACCGUCAUCGCGAAGCAGCUACUCGAUUCGCAGACGUUGUUCCAUAUCCUCGGUGCUUUUGCGGAGAAACACAUGAAGCUGGCCGAGAUUGUGGGCUUCUUUAAGGCCGGCCUUGAGAGGGAGAGGCUUGCCGAGGCUGAGAGAAUGCGGCAGUACCACCAGAACCUCCACCCGGGCGAGGGCUUCGUGGAAGGCCAGGGUCAGGGAGGCCUGUCUAGCCCUGGAUAUGGCCAUGAACAACAGGGUGGUAAUGAGUACUGGGGCACUACUGCUGCUACCCCGGUUACGGCUACGAUGGGCUAUACUCGCCAUAGCAACAAAGACCAUGGAAUUGGCCAGGGUGGCUUCAACAUGGACCCGGCUGGCUACGACCCCCGAGGCGAGUGA